AUGGCGAGAUCAGUGACGGACUAUGACGAGAUAGCACAGCUGAUUGAGCAGUUAGAAACUACCCCUGAGGAGCAGCCGACCACUAUUCACAGUAUUUCAUCGAGUAUUAUCCAAAAGUUCGGCAGCUUUGCCCGUAACGAUGCAUUUGCAGCCAGCCAGGAUCCUGUUGAAAAUAAAAAGAUGGAGUGGCUAGUUGCCCAGUUGGACGAGUUCGCUGGCAUAAUUGUCAAUCUAAUCUCGAGCGAGAACGAAACCAUUGCUCUCACUGCCUUUGCAGUGGCUCUGAAGAUCGCUCUCAUAAAUGGAAAGUACCGGCACAUUAAUGUUCAACCCCUUAUUCAGGAGAUUGCCACUGCCUCCCUUCAAGCACCUUGUGAUGUCUUUCUGGGGUGGUCAGAGUAUCUAUCUAGUGACGACACUCGCUACUACUUUUUGCGAUGUGUCCCGGAGAUCAUUGAUAGUGAAAACGAGGUCUCCCGGCAGUGUGAUCGCCUUCUUUCAGUUCUGGGCAGUCUAGAAAACCUCCCGCAAGACAAUGACCAGAUUGUUGCAUUUUAUUUCGGCAAGCCCAAAGUCUCCAAGAGUGCAAUCAAGAGCGGUAAAGGUAACGUGCUCUCUUUGAACUCGCACCGCUCUGCGUUCCAACGGGCCUGGCUGGCCACUCUCCAGCUCCCCUUGUCUUUAGGGCAACUGAAACAGGUAUUCACAACCAUGCAUGCUACUGUUAUUCCCAACAUGUCGAAACCUCAGGUUCUUAUGGACUUUUUCACCGACGCUUAUAAUCACGGCGGACCCAUUGCCUUGUUGGCCCUGAACGGGUUGUUUUCACUGAUCCAAGACUACAAUCUAGAUUACCCCAAUUUCUAUAAGAAGCUCUACUCGCUUUUGGGUGAUGGCUCGCUUCUUGUUUCGAGCCAAAGAGCACGGUUUUUCCGUUUGCUAGAUCUGUUUUUGUCCAGCACCCAUCUGCCCGCGACAAUCCCAGCCUCUAUUAUGAAACGACUUGCAAGACUGAGUUUGUAUGCGCCCCCUGGUGCACUUGUGGCUGUUAUUCCGUUUAUUUAUAACCAGAUGAAGCGUCAUCCAACCUGUGUGCUUAUGAUCCACCGCACAACCGACGUGCGCGGGCCCGAUGCGGAUCCCUUUGAUGAAAACGAAACCGACCCAAUGAGAACAAGGGCGAUUGAUUCAUCGUUGUGGGAAAUACAAAUGAUGACCGAGCACUACCAGCCUAACGUCGCUGCGAUGGCCCAAAUCCUGUCCCAGCCCAUGCGAAAGCCUAGUUAUCAGCUCGAACACUUCUUGUCACAUUCUUAUGAAACGCUGUAUGCUUCACAAAAGCACCGCAAGGGCGAUGCGCCUGCGCUCGAGUUUGAGGAUGUGAAGCUGUUUGACGACGCCGAGGGCGGUAUUAUGACGGCGUGGUCACUUUAA